GCUUGACUCAGCAAAAGUUCCCCCUUAAUUAUCACAACAGUGGCGGAGUAGCCCGCUUCUUCAGAUAUUCCCUAUUCUCACUCUGCUUAAAGAAGAAAAUGAAGAAAUCAUUUUUCUUCAAGGGAAAAAGAAAAUUUCUGAGGAAAAAGUAAUCCAUCUGACAUUCAGAACAAUCCCUUUCUCUGUAUUUUGGUGUAAUUGCUCCUUUCCCUUUCAUUUCCUUUCUCUCUGUUAUUCUGUAUAUAUUUUCACAAUGUUUUCUUGUUUUUUUCUUGAUUAUAACAUUGGGUUGGUAAUCUUAUAUUAAAAUCCAUCUGGGUUUUCUUUCUUUUCAUUUGUAAUCAUAUUAGCUGUUUAUUUUAUCAAUCAGAAACCCUUUUUUAUUUUUCAUAUUUUGUUGAGUUGCUCAGAUUGAUUCUGUUUUUAUAUGCAGCAAAAGUAUUUUAGCUGAAAAAUGUAGCAAUUGAGAUAAAAUUACAUGAUUUUAAUGAGAUUUGUUCAAAUACUUCUGUUCAUAUUUUGUUAUUUUCUCAAUGACUGCUGCUUUCCUUCCUUUUCUUUCCUUAUAUCUAAACCUCAUAUUUUACCUGAUAAUCAAAAGGGGUAGCCACAAAUAUAAGAACUUUUGGUUCUAAUCACUUAUUUUUUAAUAAAGUUGUCUCACCUCAGUGAUUUUUGCUGUUUGAGUGUCAAAAAUGGGACUCAUCAUCCAUAAAUCACUGUUUUGUUUUUUCUUUUUUACAUCUGUAUUUUUCAUUUUGUCUUGGUUUUUCGUAUUAAGCUCGACUGGCCGGCCACUCUUUGAUAGUAUAUUACCAAAUCCCAGGCUACUUGUAAAGGCUGACACUGAGAUUUCUGAUGAAACGCCAGAAACUAAUGUUUCAACACUCAAAGAAGAAGAAGAAUCACAAAAUCAGAAUUCGAUUAACUGUGAUUCUAACAAGCAAGUUCUCAAGGUUUAUAUGUAUGACUUGCCCCCAGAAUUUCAUUUUGAGCUAUUAGGUUGGACGGGUAAGAGUAUUUGGCCAGAUAUUCAUUCUGCGGUCCCUGAAUAUGCUGGUGGAUUAAAUUUGCAGCAUAGUAUAGAAUAUUGGCUUACAUUGGAUCUUUUGAGCUCAGAAUUUACUGAAAAUUUGAGUGGAAAAAGUGCAAUACGAGUUAGGAAUUCAAGUGAAGCUGAUGUUGUUUUUGUUCCCUUCUUUUCAUCUAUAAGCUUUAACCGGUACUCAAAGCUUAAGCCCAAUCAGAAAAAGAGUACUGAUGUUUUGUUACAGGAGAAGUUAGUUAAAUUUUUGACAGCUCAGGAUGAAUGGAAGAGGUCCAGAGGAAGAGAUCAUAUAAUUCUAGCGCACCAUCCUAAUAGCCUUUUAGAUGCAAGGACAAAGCUCUGGCCUGCAAUGUUUAUUCUUGCAGAUUUUGGAAGGUAUCCUCUGACCAUAGCUAAUGUUGCGAAAGACGUGAUCGCGCCCUACAGGCAUGUUGUUGAAAGUUAUGUAGAUGACUUGUCUGAUUUUGAUAGUCGUCCGACUUUGCUCUAUUUCCAGGGAGCCAUAUAUAGAAAAGAUGGUGGAAUGAUUCGGCAAGAGUUAUUCUAUAUGCUAAAAGAUGAAAAAGACGUACACUUCUCAUUCGGAAGCAUCCAAAAAGAUGGUAUCAGGCAAGCUACCCAGGGUAUGCGGUCGUCCAAAUUCUGCCUUAACAUAGCAGGCGAUACUCCCUCAUCAAACCGUAUGUUUGAUGCUAUAUCUAGCCACUGUGUGCCUGUUAUCAUUAGUGAUGAAAUCGAGCUUCCUUUCGAAGAUGUUCUCGACUAUUCUGAAUUUUGCAUAUUUGUCCGUGCGUCCGAUGCCCUUAAAGAAAAAUUUCUCAUAAACUUUAUGAGGAACAUUGGCAAAAAGGAAUGGACCAGAAUGUGGAGAAGACUAAAAGAAGUUGAAAAUUAUUUCGAGUAUCAGUAUCCGUCAAAGAGGGAUGAUGCUGUUCAGAUGAUAUGGCAGGCUGUUACCCGGAAGGUUCCUGCUAUAAAAAUGAAGCUUCAUAAAGCCAGUCGAUUUCCUCAAACCAAUAUCUCUACAGAAAAAGUGCUUUUCUUAGGUUCUCUGCCUCGAAAUUUUUGGUGACAGCUCAUUAGCCUCGAGAUUUUGGAGAUAUUGGCCAUGUCUGAAAGAUGGUAGAUGAACCUUAUGCUCAAUGCAAAUUUUGACACAGAUGAUAUAAUGCGAGCCAGAGACGUGUAUUGAAACUAAAAAUGUAGAGAAGAAAAGCUCGAUUUCAGGCAUUUUAUCAUGGCCCUAGAAAUAUUCGAUCGAUUUGUUCAUUCAUUGCUCACUUUAGGCGGUUUCAACCACAAGUUUAUUGUAGUUUUGAGUUCUGCUCUUGCGAGUGCUUCUUGUCAAAUCAUUCAAAAGCUGUACAUUGUGUGAAAAUCCUAUGCCAUGACCUUGACAUCACCAAUAUUCUUCCGGUACUUCAACUUCUCCACGGCCAGAGAUUGUACGUGGAUGACUGAGAUUUCUAGUAUAUGAAUGACUGAAUCUACUUCGUCAAAACUGGGAAUUCCAUCAAAGUUGUUUUCUUUUCAGUUGGAAACAGUCCUAAUGAUUUAAUGGUUGUUUGAUUUA